AUGUUCCCCCGGCGUGGUGACGCCAUUUGCACUUCGCGACGGUGUGAGCUGCGCCACCUGGCUGCGUGGGCGGAGCGCGUGAUAGCACGCAGGCAAAUCGAUGUGUCUGUUGAGGGAGUUGGUGUCCAACACCCACGCCUCCAACAGCUCUCGCCCUGUCUUGUUGCCGGUUCGCGCCAAUAUCCGCGUGUUGGCGAAGUCGAACUCAUGCCCUUCCUCGAGCGUGUGAGUGGCUACUUGAGACAGUGGGUCGCCUCUCCGAACGGCCCGUUUGUGCUCAAGUAUUCGUGAGCUCAGACGUCGUCCUGUCUGACCUGUGUAGUGGCAAGGACAGUUUUGGCACGGGAUUCGAUAGACUACGCCCGACUGUUCACCUGCGUCCAGCCGAUCCUUCAUUUUCAUGAUCCUGCUACGCAUGGUGGCCGCCGGAUGAUGAGCGAUGCCCACGCCUAGCUCCGACGCGAUGCGUUCUGUAGCCUCGGACGCAUUCUUUAUGUACGGUAGAGAGUGCCAAAUUGUUGGUGACUCUCUUCCGUUUGUCCGGCGUGGGUGUGCGCGUAUGCAGCGACUGAUAAAGCUAUUUGGGUAGCCGUUCUUUGUUAAUUGGUCCCGCAGAUGCCGUAGUUCUUGAAUCCUUCCUUCGGGCUCGCUACAGUGCGUUUUUACCCGGUCGAAAAGCGCCCUCACACAACCUCGUUUGUGCACCAAUGGGUGGUUGCUAUGAUAGUUGAGGACCUGGGUUGUAUUGGUCGCCUUUCUGUACACUGUAGUGCUGAGUUCACCGUCAGGUGUGCGCGUGACGAGCACGUCCAGGAAGGGUAGUUUCUCGUCCUCCUCGUCUUCUCUUGUAAACUGAAUGUCGGGGAAUAUGCUGUUAAGUAGGUCUUGGAAACCCGAUAGCUUGUCCUUUUCAAUAAUGACGAAUGUAUCGUCCACGUAUCAGCGCCAAAACGCGUCGGGGGGCUUAAACUGAAACUUGAUUACCUCCUUAUUUAUGGGAUCCCUAGUUGACCAGAGAGGUAUCAGCUGUGCUUUUUUCAAUAACCACUGCUGUCAUGUUCCCAACAUGUACCUUUUUAAAUAGACGUUCUGAAACAUGACUGAAAGUCAUUGUCUGGAUCGCUGAGUCGUUGCAAAGUCUGAAUUCGUGCUUUUCGUACAAAAAGUACUCUGCACGUGGAUGAGCCAAAGAAUUCGGCAAAUAGGUAGAGAACAUUUGGCCGGCACAUUUCUGAUGGCCUUCGGCGACAGAGUCGGAGAGAUAAAUUUGAAUUCUUAAAAUCUUUCCAGGUAAUGGAGGAUAAAAGACCGUCUGAAGUGGCUAGCAAUCCUGAACUGUUCACAUGUUCGACAGCCUACGGGAUCAUUUUCCAUGCCAAACCUUUUCACGACCUCACAUGA